CCCCGCGCAUGGUGAGUGGGCGUGACUCGUGCGCGUUUCCCCUCCCUCGCGUGUGGGCGGCCCCGUGCAGGCGCGAGCGCAACACGACACCCGAGAGGAACAGGGGGAGGAGAAAGAGUCGACAGAGUGAGGGAAAAGAGACGAGAGUGGAGGAAGAAAGUCGGUGAAAACAUCGGGAAUGGGAAUUUCACUCAGCCUCUCGCCGAGAUUUCACACCACAUGUCAAACUGUUACGAACGCAUCGAAAUGAAGGAAUGAAGAGCGGAAGCGAUAGAACUCCUCUCGGACUGCCUCUUAUAUAAAGUCAAAACAAGUCGUUGCUUUCACAUGAGUAUGCCGGGACUGCUGAACCCCCCGCGCUGACUCCAACGGGACGGAAUUCCGCUGCUGGGGAACGCGCUUCUCCAAACGGAGCCAGGAACCCGAGCACGGGGCUGGGCGGUCCGGAGGAUUUUGAAAGAGUCUGACAGUCGGGAUCAAAUAAAUCAGUUCACUUAUUAACACGGAGGCAUUACUAACCAGGUGAACCCUGACGGAAAGUUGGGCUUGAAAACUAGAGGCUGUGAGGCAGACGGACAGGUAGGCCGCCUGCACUUUUGGCCCGGAGGAAUCCAGGAGUCCGAUUGAGGGCAGAUCUCUGCCGAUCUCCGUCAUGAAGACUCCGGGAGACUCGGGUUUUGCGUUCCCAGACUGGGCCUAUAAGCCAGAGUCCAGCCCGGGCUCGCGGCAGAUCCAGCUGUGGCACUUCAUCCUGGAGCUGCUGCGGCAGGAGGAGUACCGCGAGGUCAUCGCCUGGCAGGGCGACUACGGCGAGUUCGUCAUCAAGGACCCCGACGAGGUGGCGCGUCUGUGGGGCGCACGCAAGUGCAAACCGCAGAUGAACUACGACAAACUCAGCCGCGCACUCAGAUAUUACUAUAACAAAAGGAUCCUGCAUAAGACUAAAGGGAAGAGAUUCACCUACAAGUUCAACUUCAACAAACUGGUGCUCGUCAAUUACCCGUUCAUAGACAUGGGAUCUACAGCUGCAGGUGUUCCUCAGAGCGCUCCCCCGGUGCCCAGUGGAGGUGGGGGCACACACACACACUCUCACACACACUUCAGCUUCCCAGCGUCGGCGGCGGCGUGUGACCUGGUGUCCCCUGCCGAGGCCGAGGGGCGGAGCCCGGGCAUGUUCGGCACUCUGGGGCGUCGCCUGGCGCGAAGCUCCGCCUCCGACUGCAGCGAUGGAACCUCGGGCAACUCCGAGGUGGACGAGGGGGUCAGCGGGGGCCCAGAGGAGCGCGAGCGUCUCCGCGCCGCUCUGCUGCACCCGCGCCUAUCCCACGAGGCCGUGCUGCGCUCUGUGUAUGGCGGCGGUGGCGGACCCUCGUCUGUUCACCCCUGCUGCGGAUCGCCCCCCCCGCCCUGGCCGAGAAGUCGCUUCCCCGCGUCCCCCACGGGGCUGCUGCCCCCCCUGUCCCCUCCCUCUCGGGCUGACCCCAACCGACAGCAGCUGGCCUACAGCCCGUCGCCCUCGCCCCUGCUAGGCUCCUCCCAUUUUUCCUUCAGCGCGGAGGACCUGCAGCGCCUCCUGCAGGCGCAGGCGCAGAGCGUCUACAACUACCACCUGAGCCCCCGCGCCUUCCUCAACUACCCCCACCUGCUGCUGCCCCACCACGGGGCAAACGCCGGCCGCCUGCCUCCGCAGCGCUCACACCCCGCACCCCCCCUCUCCCACCCACACACACUCUCCCACGCACUCCAGCUGGGCGAGGACUACACACACGCCACACACAACACCCACGCCACACACUCCUCUCCCUACAAGUUCAAGCUGCAGCCGCCGCCACUGGGCCGUAAGAUGCGUGAGGGGGGCAGGCAGAGCUCGCUCUCUUCUAGCUCCACAUCCGGCCUGGGGUCAUCGCUAGGGUCAUCGCUAUCCUUUGGCAGCGACCUAAGCUCCGCCUCCGGAUCCGGACUCGUCUCCCAGUCCUCGUCUACGGGCUCCCUCAACAGCGCCGGGCUGCCCAAGAUCAAGGUGGAGCCCAUCUCUGACAUCGAGUCGGAGGAGGAGGUACAGGUGACGGAUGAGAGCGAUGAGGAGGGGGAUGAGGAUGAAGACUUCAAGCCCUUCUCCUCUUCCUUGCAACAGCACCACCUUCAUCAUCAUCAUCAUCAUCAGCACCACCACCACCACGGGCACCAUCAUCAUCGUCCUCACCUUGCAUGCCAGCCCCAUCGCCAUGCCAACGGCAGCGCCCACCCCCGCACCUGAGGAGGACCCGGACGAGGAGGACGUCUUCAAAGCCCCCGCCCCUCCCCUCACGCCGCUCCGCAC